UCUGGUCUAUGCAGACAUCAAAUGUUCUGAAGAUUCCUCAUCCAGAAGAAGUUCAAAUUUAAUUGUUGUUCAACAGGCAGAUCACAGAAUAUGCCAUCAUUGUCAUUGGAUUGUUCUAUGGCUUUCCUGCACUGGGAAUGUUCUCUUGAUGGUGGCUGUGAUACUAAUGGGGGUGUAUGGCCUGGGCUGCGGUUUCUCAACAGCGACAAACAGAAGCUCACCAAACUCCCAGGAAAUGACUGUAAUUUCAAAUGCACAUCAAUGCAAACAAGAUGAAAACAAAUCAAAUAGAGAAUUAGAAAAACUCAGGAUUUGUCUAAGGCAACAUUUGUGUCAGGCUACAAAUGCAUCUAGAGAGAAUGCAUCCUGCAGUGUGUGCCCUGUAAAAUGGCUUCCGUACGAGGACAAAUGCUACUGGUUUUCUACAUCAAUUUUGUCCUGGAACCAAAGCUACAUGGACUGUGCGGCAAAAAGAUCUCAACUAUUGGUGAUUUCUAAUACUGGAGAGCAGAAGUUCAUCCAGGACACAAUACAGAAUAUGAAUAUAUGGAUUGGGCUCAAGUUCAAUUUGCCAGAGAAGAAGUGGAUGUGGGUUAAUGGCUCACCAUUAAACCAAACACAAUCUCAACCCUUAACGGCUGACUGCGGUGCUAUAGGAAAGAAGGGAAUUGUCGCCGAUAUGUGCAAUUCAGAACUUUACUGGAUUUGUCAGAAACUCUCGGUAUUCAUCUGAGGAUUUGCAUGCAGAAUUAAAAAUACCACCCCCCCUUCUCCCUGUAAAUGUUGGCUACCUUUUUCAGCAAUGGCUGUUCCAGCCCAGAGCAAAGAGAUGCUAUCUGAAGAAACAUCUGCUAAAUCCUUAUACCAGCCUGUUGUAGACGAGAAAAGAAACUUAAAGAGAAGUGACGUCAAAUGAAAAAGAUUUUGUGGCAUCCCCAGCCCAUUAAAAAAAAAUUGAGCCCAUAAAAAGCACCUAGGCACAGUUCUAUUAUAUUACUUUAAAAACAGAGUUCAAUAAAUGAAAUGGAAUAAGUUAUACUUGCAUUUUUAAAUAUAGCCUGUCAAAUGAAAAAGAAACCUAUGAUUACUUUUAGAGAUGUUGUAGCUGUUUCUACUGUAUCUAUUUUUAUGCCUCCCAAUGCACAACAUCUUCAGUUUCAGAUUUAUAAUUUCCGUCUUUCUUAUUCUUGCCCCGUUGAUUUCUGAGACGGAGAAGGCUUCACCGUGGACUGGCCUAUUCAGUCAAGCUGAGCAACACUGGACUCUUAACUCCCCAUCAUUUCUCCCCAUUGGCUAUCCAUGAAAACUAGGAUUCUCAAUUAUUGUAGCUCAUCCCUUUAAUAAAAUAAAAUUACCAUAA